UGCGUCCCCAUCGGUGCCAAAGACGAUGAGGAGAGCUGUACUCAAAGAAGCCGCCAAGCGAUUCCCCUGGCUGGCUAAUGUCACCUUGUACGGAUGCUUAUUCGCCGGCGGUGACCUAGUCCACCAACUCAUCGCUCAGAAGGAGCACAUAGACUGGAAACACACUCGCAAUGUCGCCAUCGUGGCAAUCAGCUUCCAGGGAAACUUUAACUACUUCUGGCUACGCGCCCUGGAGAGGCGCUUCCCUGGAAAGUCCGCCGGGAUGGUUUUCCGCAAACUGCUGCUGGACCAAAGCUUCGCGUCGCCUUUGGCCACCAGUGUCUUCUACACCGGGGUGAGCUUCUUGGAGGGAAAGGAGGACGUCUUUGAGGACUGGAGGGAGAAGUUCUUCAACACCUGGAAGACUGGACUCAUGUACUGGCCAUUCAUGCAGUUCCUCAACUUCGUCCUGAUGCCGUUGUACAUGCGGACUGCCUUCAUGGGCUGCUGCGCCUUCCUCUGGGCCACCUUCCUGUGCUUCUCACGGCAGAACGGCGAUGGCACGGCCGGCGUGGCUUUUGCGUUCGUCAUGGAUCCACGUAAAACUCUGGAGGAGAUGCGUGAGGCCCGGCUGGCCCGGAAGAAGCAAAAGACCCAACGGGAAAACUAAAGUGAGGAGGAAGGAGUGGAAGAGGACGCCGCUUCAGUCAUUCAGGUUGUUGAGCCGUGGAAGAAAGACAGAGAGCCCGUUUCCUCCACUUAAACCAGCACGAUGAGAGCUGAGGAGCGAAUGAAAGCAAAAUCACUGAAUACUCUCACUGUCUGUCACAUACGCACACAAAGGUUUGACUGAUGUGGAUUUUGAAGGCCAGCUUUUAAAUUAAGGGCAUUGAUUGACAGGCAGGAGUCUGUCAAGGAAGUUUAUGAGUCCAGUGUGUUUUAUUGAUUCUUUUUUAUGGCAAUGAACAUUUUUAGGAAGCGACCUGACUUUAUUAAAUUUAUGAAGUUGUUUGCAUACCAAUUUAAAGGCUCUCACAGCUACAGGAGAAUCUUCUAAAGCUACAUAAAAAAUGCAGUACUCCAGCUGGUACCCAGAACCUUUUAGUCAGUGUUGGUUAGAUUAAUCUGUUAACAUCCACAAGGGUCAGCCUCAGGGUUCAGUUAACAUCCGUCCUGUUUUCAUGCAUUUUUAAUCCGUUUGAAGCAACCAAAGGUAAAGGUCCUGCAGUUCUGCUCACUUUUCUUCAAACCCUUUCCCUUAUUAUGCAUCUUUAUUUAAAGCAAAGGUAAAUCAUACGAUUUAACUGUGCAAAAGGCACAUAAGGCUUGUCCUUCAUUUCUCGUUGCAAAGGUUCAUUCGGCAUGAAAACUUGUUAUUAUAUUUACUUUGAGUACAGUGUGAGUCAAGGUCAAGGUCAUUAAACUGGUUCCUGCUCAGGGAAGCAUGAAGGCUCAUUUAAAAUCAUUAGAUCAGGUUUUUUAAUGUGUAGCUGAGACUUUUGGGGGCUAAAUGAGGCUGCUGGUUGUCACCAUUCAACCCCAGGGAGCUUAGAAAUACACCAAGAAGCUGUUGAGAUGCACUAUAUUGCCAAAAGUAUUUGCUCUUCUUCCUUCAAACGCAUAUAAACUUGAGUAAAAUCCGUAGGGUUUAAUAUGAUGUCAGGCCACCCUUUGGAGCUAUAACAGCUUCAACCCUUCUGGGAAGGCUUCCCACAAGGUUUAGGAGUGUUUCUGGGUAUUUUUGACCAUUCAUCCACAAGCACAUUUGUGAGGUCAGACGCUGAUGUUGGAUGAGAAGCCCUGGCUCACAGACUCACUCAUUCAUGUCUUUAUGGACCUUGCUUUGUGCACUGGUGUGCAGUCAUGUUGGAACAAGAAGGAGCCAUCCCCAAAAUGUUCCCACAACAUUGGGAACAUGGAAAUGUCCAAAAUGUCUUGGUAUGAAGAAUUCCUUCCAUUGGAACUAAGAACCAAGCUCAGCCCCUGAAAACAACCCCACACCAUAAUCCCCCCUCCAUCAGACUAUACACUUGGCACAAUACAGUGAGAGAAGUACUGUUGUCCUGGCAACCACCAAACCCAGACUCGUCCAUCAGAUUGCCAGAUGGAGAAGAUUGAUUCAUCACUUCAGAGAACACGUCUCUGCUGCUCUAGGUGCUUUACAUCACUGCAUCCGACCCUUUGCAUUGCACUUGGUGAUGUAAGGCUUGGACGCAGCUAGUUGCCAUGGAAACCCAUUCUCUCGACACACUGUUCUUGAGUUGAUCUAAACGCCACAUGAAGUUUGGAGGUCUGCAGCGAUCAACCUCUGCUCACUAUGCACCUCUGCAUCCGCUGACCUCUGAUUUUAGGUGGUCUACCUCUUUGUAGCUGAGUUGCUGUCUUUCUCACUCACUUCCACUUUUUUAUAAAACCACUAACAGCUGACUGUGGAAUAUUUAGUAGCGAGGAUAUUUCACUGGUCUUGUUGCAAGGGUGGCAUCCUAUCACGGUACCACGGUGAAAUUCACCGAGCUCCUGAGAGCAACCCAUCCUCUCACUAAUGCUUGUAGAAGCAGUCUGCAUGCCUUGGUGCUUCACUGUACACGCCUGUGUCAUGGAAGUGAUGGAACGCCUGAAUUCAAUGAUUUGGAUGGGUGAGUGAACACUUUUGGCAACAUAGUCUAUUUUUGCUCUGGACCAAAGUGAAGCAAACAGUGAUGAAUCAGCACUAAAGCAGCUGCAGGGCUAAAGCUGAACAGCAGAUGUUUGCAGCUGUGGUGACAUUUCGACUUCAAACAUCGCAGGUUUCACUUGAAAUUUAUCUGACAUAUCGAGCCGUGGCUGCUGGUUCCUGAUCUGAUCUGAGCCUGCAGCACAGCGGAGCUCCUGAGACCAGUUUCAAGGGCUGAUUUUUCUGCUUUACACCAGUCGUGCCUUUUUCUCGUUGACAACAAGUCUGCAGAUGUGUUUGGCUGACUGGUGACUGCCAUCAGUUACAAUCAAUACUACAAAAGAUGUGUGUUGCUGUAUAUUUAUGUGUGUAUGUACAAUUAAAAAUGUAGUUGCGCUGGGAUGCACUGACGUAUCCACAGGAUAAUAACUCAGAAAGGUUCACUCUGCGGGGAGUGUGAUUGUGCUCAGUAAAUGUCAAAGUAAUCAAACUUGAGAAUUUAAAAGAAUACCCGCUGAUGCCACUAGAUAACAGUAAUAUUAAAAAUAAACAUCUAGAUCCAGACCCUUUCAAAUAUACCUUGUCUAAAAAACAGAAGGAAACAAGGAAGUGUUCGCUCUGUGGGUCUGUCGAAGAUUUAAACACACUGAUACGUGUCCACAUCAUGAAGGAUCGAGCAGGCAGGUGAGCAGUUAGACAGCAAAGAUAGAUGGCUGUCAAGAACUUCCGAACUUUCUCUCAUAUGAAACAAGGCCAGCGAUAAAAUGUGUCUGUGAAACCAUCUGAGGCCAGAAAAAAGCUGAGUUUUUCUUCAUAUUUUUCUGCCCAACAACAUAAAGAUGAAGAUCUCCAUCUACACUCGAACCACUCGAAGGUCAUGAAUUCAAGUGGCUGAGAUGAGUUACUUGCAUCAGGUGGCUUAAAUGUGGUGAGGACCCUUUGAAAGGAGCCAGUCGAGAUGGUUUGGGCACCUUUUGGCGGAUUUUGGGACACACCUAACUGGGAUGAGACCCUGGCCUAGACCUAGAACUUCUUGUAGAGAUUAUAUAGCUCAUCUGGUCUAAGAACGCCUGGUCUGGUUAGCCUGCUGCUACUUGGAUCGGUGGGAGAUAAUAAAUGGACGGAUGGAACAAGUAGAAUUACAGAUGUUUCCUCCUUACUUCCUCCCUUCCUAAAGGGAGCCUAAACCUGAACCUAAACCUCACGUUUAUGUGGAGAAGAAGCGACUGACCUGAUGUCCUGUUUCCUGAGAUGCGGUGUUAUCAGAAAACAUUGCACAGCUGUUUAAAUAGACAAAAACCAGAAACAUGGAAGCGACAGAUCCUGUGGACACGUAUCAAUACAGAUACCCAAGAAGAAGAGUUAGACCAUUACUAGAAGGUUACUUUAAUUUACUGAAGGGCUGGAGGGAACCCAGAGGGCUCACUAUAAGUUAUUAGAGCAGGACACGUAUCAGUGCAUCCCACUUUUGCUGUCUUUGGUAGUUUGAAAUGUGAAGUUACGACAUUUUAAUCCUGUUCUGUUACUUGAACCAUCCAAUACAGGUGAGUGACAAAUUCAAGGAAAAGUCAAGUGCUGAACCAAAAUCUCCCACCUGUGGUCAGCUGGGUUGAGAUCAUGUGACUGUGAAGGCCAGAGCUAGUGAUGAAUGUCAUCUUCAUCCAAACGCCCUGCCAGGCCCUAAAAAGCAGAGGGAAGUGUUUCUUCACAGGAUGAAGCAGAAGGAGGCAGCGAUCCUUCCCUCGCAGGUUUCCAUCACUGUACUGGUUUUUCUUUAAUUUGUCACUGUUCUGUAUUUUGCCAUCAGCCCAGAAACCUUACUGUGUUCACAUCACUUACCUGAGUUACACGAGGUUAGAUUUACAGAUUCUGAAAGACUUUUGGUUUGGUGUUAUCAGCUGAGAUCAUGUACCAAGUGAAAAACAGCCCUUCAGUGGAUUAACCUAGAAAUCCUGUUUUCCAUGUUUAGAACAUUAAACCUCAACGAAUGUUCGUUUAUUUUGCAAAGUGGUUUAUAAAAUUAUCACUGCGAUCUUACAGUGACUAGUUUACAGCCAGCUACGAUGACCUCGGCUGUUCUGUUGUUCCAUCACUUUGAUAUUUUCAGAACGAGGCCACGUCUUUGUGCGUCCUUUUGACACGUGUUCACAGAGUAAACCUGACACCAAUAAACCGGUCAAACAGCU